GUUUCAAGUUCUGUUUAUUUAAUUUUUUGAGUUUAAUCAAUUAUUUUAAAUUUACUUUAAAACUUGAGACCCUCAACCAAUUUCGGCAUGGGUUUAAUACGGACAACAGUUAAGUAUGGUAUACCCUUAGGAUUCGUGUUUUGGACUGUCAAUGCGGUUGAAUGGAAACCAAUGGAAUCAUCGGAAGAUUUGAAGAAGUCAAGAUUUUUAUACAAGGAAUUUGAAGCUGCCAAAUCAAAAAUUUGCCCUUAUGUUUCUCCUUACAUGCCUAAGAUCCCAUUAAACAAGGAAGAGCUCACCGAAAGCUGGAACAGAAUUGUUAAAAUGCCUGCUGAAAUCGAAAAACCAGUUGCAGUCGUAGUCCCAACCUCGGCGAAGAAUGAAUCUACUGACAAAAACUCAUCUGUUAACAUAGCAUCUAAACUAGAGGAUCAAAAAGCGGUAAAAAGUAAUGUAUCAUCAAUGAAAGAUACUAGCUCUGAUAUUUCUGACGAAUUUACAUCAACGUUGGCACAACAGUACAGCAAAAUUGAAGAUCUUGAAGCAGAUUUUGAACAGAAGAUUGAUAUGAUUCGUGAUGAAUACGAACGAGAGCUAAUGAAACAGCUCAAACGACAAGUUGCAGUAUAUCUUGAUCACUUGAAUGAUCAAUUGGAGGUUCAACGAAAUGAGAUGGAGAGAAUACAAAGAUUAGCAGAAGAAGACAAAAUUUUAGCAAUUAAAGAUAGAUUUUAUUCCGAACUUAGUGGAGCUUUAAAUAAAUUGAAUGAAAUUGAAAAUGUUCUUGCAGUUCGCAAAAAGUUGGAAGAAGAAAUCGAAGCUAGGAAAUUAUGGCUUCUCUGUCAAUCACUUAAAGACUCCCUAAAGUGUAAUGGUCUCAAGGAGCCUACACCUGUGAAGGAAGAGAUAAAUUCAAUGAAACAAACUGUUGAAGCUUUGUCAAUUAAAAGCCCAAUGACAACAUCAAUUUUAAACAGCAUACCGAAUAAUGUCAUUGAAGAAGGAGUACAUAAUGAAGAUAGUCUUAUCGAAAGGUUUCACAAAGUUGACAAACUUUGCAAACGUGUUGCCCUGAUUGGAGACGAUGGAGGAUCUUUUUACCAUUAUUUUCUGUCUUACCUUCAAUCAUUGUUGCUCAUCGAUUCUGUUAAAGUUCCUGAACAAGAAUUAACUGGAACUGUUCAAAUUGAUCCUACCCAAUGGGAUACUUUUGAAAUUCUUGCUGGCGUAAAAUAUUGUCUUUGUCAACGUAACAUUGAACAAGCCUUAAGAUAUGCCAAUCAGUUGAAAGGAGCCCCACGCAAAGUUGCAAAAGACUGGAUAAUAGACACUCGAACCCAUUUAGAAGUACGUCAAGCUACUGAAUUGCUUCAAGCCUUAGCCGCAACUAUCACAAUUAGAGCUGUUAAAUAAUUUAUUUAAUUGUAAUUUUAGAUUUCAACAAAUUACUUUAAAAUAUAUAUCGGGUGGUUGUUGAAUGAUAUCAAAUUGAAUCGAGUCAUUUAGAUGAAAUCACCACACUGAUAUGGUUGUCAUUUUAUUCUCAGUUAAAAAAUAAAAUGAUUUUCGAAUAAAGUGUUUAAA